ACCCUAAAAGUGCUUUUUUUUUUUUUUUUAAAGCAAACUUACUCGAAGUGUAUAGCCUGCGAUCCCAAGACAAAGCGUGCAUCUGCCUGGUAAUCGCCCGGCGAACGUUUACUUAAGCAGUCGGGGACGAUUGGGGCGCGCAAAGACGGACAUUUUUAUUUCAUUUUUUGCUCAUCGUUGCUGCUAUUUUUUCCCCUGCACGAGCAGCCUGCGAUCCUGAGCGGGCGUAGGAGUUCGAUGCGGCGAGGGAGGGAGUAGAAAAAGGCAAAAAGUCUUUGUGCUUCCCUUCCCCCUCAUCAAAGCAAAGGGGAAAUGUCUCUGUCCAAAGGAGGGAAGAAGAAGAACCCUGGGCUGAAGCUGGCCAAAGAAGUCUUUGCGCAGCCACCGCCAGCCGUUGCAGCGCCUCCGCGAGAUCUCGACUCCAAGGCGUGCGUCACCAUCGGAGACCAGAACUUUGUGGUGAAGGCAGACGACCUGGAGCAGAUUGCCGAGCUAGGCCGGGGUGCCUACGGCGUGGUCUACGAGAUGAGGCACGUGCCCAGCGGCGUGAUCAUGGCCGUCAAGAGGAUCCGAGCCACCGUCAACACGCUAGAGCAGAAGCGUCUCCUGAUGGACCUGGACAUCUCCAUGCGGACGGUGGACUGCUUCUACACCGUCACCUUCUACGGCGCCCUCUUCAGAGAGGGCGACGUUUGGAUCUGCAUGGAGCUGAUGGACACCUCCCUGGAUAAGUUCUACAAGAAGGUCAUCGAGAAAGGCAAGACCAUACCUGAGGAUAUCCUGGGCAAGAUCGCCGUCGCUAUUGUGAAGGCUUUGGAGCACCUGCACAGCAACCUGUCAGUCAUCCACAGAGAUGUGAAGCCCUCCAAUGUUCUCAUCAACACUCUGGGCCAAGUGAAAAUGUGCGACUUUGGCAUCAGCGGCCACCUGGUGGACUCAGUGGCCAAGACAAUGGACGCCGGCUGCAAGCCCUACAUGGCGCCCGAGCGCAUCAACCCGGACCUCAACCAGAAAGGCUACAGCGUCAAGUCGGACAUUUGGAGUCUUGGUAUCACAAUGAUCGAGUUGGCCAUCCUCAAGUUCCCGUAUGAAUCGUGGGGCACGCCCUUCCAGCAGCUCAAGCAGGUGGUGGACGAGCCCUCUCCCCAACUGCCUGCCGACCGCUUCUCGCCUGACUUUGUAGACUUCAUCUCUAAGUGCUUAGGGAAGGAGCCCAAUAAGAGACCAGCCUAUACAGAAUUAAUGAAACAUCAAUUUUUCACCUUGCAUGACUCCAAAGACACAGACGUGGCCAGUUUCGUCAAGGUCAUCCUGGACGACUGAUAGGUGGCGGGGAGCCUCCUGUCCUCGAGUUGACGCCACCCCUCCGUCAACGCUCCGAUGUCCCGCCUUCUUUUUUUGUGUUUGUUUGUUUUUAAAAAAAAAGAGUCAAAUUCAAAAUAAAGAGAGUAACCCCUGCCGCUGCCCCGCCGCCACUGGAAUGACAGACUCUCACGCAGUCGCACAACUGAUGGCAGCACUGGAGCAGGAGAGCGCUCCCCAAAGCAACUGGAGAGGUUUGACUCAAACAAAUAUGAACUUUUUUGUUUCCGUUUGCACGUACACCCCCUUCAGAGAAACACACGUUUUUCUUUGACUCAAUAUUUAAUAACUGCAACCUUUCAUCGGAAGCUAUUUUGACAUUAUGGGGGUCUCUUCAUACUGUACAUCAUAACGGCACGCCAAAGGUAACGCCGACGAGCGAGUCGGCGUCUCCCAGCCCGCCCUGUUGCCAUGGAUACCACCCAGUCUUCUCUGUCCACGUAAUCCAGCUCACAACUGCUCCUGUCUGCCAGCAAAUUGUGUGCGUUGGUUUCUUUUUAUGACCCGCAUUCUGAUUUUGGGUUGCAUUUAAAGGAAAAAAAGAAUCCCUUUUUCCUUAUUCUUCCCCAUUUCUGGAGUCUUUGCAUAUGAGGCCACUGGCCAAGUGUGACAAAGAAGCGGGACUGAAGUCUUGUUUCUUUGUCACACAGCGACAUUUGCUUUCAUUCUUUCGGACACCUUCUUAUGCCUUGCACGUGCCCUCAGUUUCUAAGGGGGAAUAAUUUAUAUGUUAAAGAUGUAAAGACUGUCUCGUCUAUGAGUUUGUUUUUUAAAUGUGACACCGUCAGUAACACUGAUGGUGCAGCUGAGUGAGAAAACCUUUUUGGUCGUAGUUUGUUUGAAUGCAGUGUGACGCACAGCACGGCUGAGUGGUCAGACGCUUUUGGACCCGCCGCUCGGGUUUCUGCGGUCUUAAUUUGCUCGAGAGUCAAGUCGGGCAUCGGGAGCAUGGAGUCUCUACCCCCUCGGCCACAAGUGUUCGUGGGCUGUUUCAAGCUGUCGGGCCCACCUCUGUCAAAAGAAAGUCCAGAGUGCUGAUGAGAAUCAGAGAAAGCGAGCAACACCGCGAACGAGCUGCUGUUUAUUUUUUCCCAUUUCAGAAAACAAUCUUGCAGUCCUUGAUGCGUCAAAGCGACUUUUGUUUUUUACACGGAUCAUAAUGAGAAUGGAACACUUGCUCUACCUCUUCCUCCUUCACUCUCUUUUGCCCACCUCUUUGGUGGGAGUGACAAACUUGAACUGUGGAAAGACAAAAAAAACAAAUAAAGGCUUUAUUGUUCCAUAGAA